AUGAGCCACCAGCAACAGCCCCCUCCACCCCCUCGGCCAGCACCCCCUCUAUAUUUCCCCUCCCUCUAUGACCGAACAACGCAAAGUACCACCCUAGCAGACUGCAGCCUCUGGAGGAAGCUCUUUGUGCCACUGCGAGUUGGUGAAACCGGGUCAGCUGGGCCCCAGAGACCCCCACCGGGGCUUGGGCUCCUCCCACCCACCAAUGAGCACUGCUGCCCACCCCCCUGGCCAGCCGGCCUGGCCCCCAUCCCCUAUGAGCCAUUGUGCUUCUUCUGUCCUGCUGCUGACAGCACUCCCCAGGGUGGAACGGGGGCACAUCUGCAGCAUCAGCCCGAUGGGGAAAUCUGUGAACUUGGCAUCCGUCUGAAGGAGCUGGAGCUGCUGGCACUCACUGGGGAUGGCUCAGAUCAGCAGCAGUAUAAGCUUCUGAAGGCCCUAAAAGAUGAAAAGACACAAGAUGUAAUAACAGCACUGACUCUGAAGAAACAUUCACCUGCAUCAUGA